CUCUCAUUCCCAUGGAGAUGAGGCUGCCGGCCGCCAGGCCCUAGUUCCUCGCCCCCUUUGUGAGAAACAGGAAGUUGGGACCUUUGUCAGCUGGCGGCACCCUCUACACUAAAUAUUUAUCUUGGAGUCCAGGUCAGAGCCCUGGAGAGUAAGAAGCUCGUGGCUGGGCAGAGGGCAUGGCCAGGAUUCCUGCAAUUGGAAGAUCUUCAGCCGCACCAUCUUUGGAGAACAAGGAAGAAAAUGAAAGUGAAAUGGCCCUCCUUAGUCCCAAGGAGCCUAACAGAGGACACUCGGAGGAGCAGCGGGCGCACCCCGCGGCCUCUGACCUUGACGCCAGCAUGCAGGGCGCCCCCUGCAGCCUCGCCGCUGGGCUCAGCCUGGACGACUUCAUCCCUGGGCACCUGCGGGCCCGCGUGGGCUCAGCAUCCCGGGGCUCACGGUUCCACGAUCCCGCGCCCAGGACCGUGUGCAAUGGCUACUACCCACCCAGGAGGGAUGCUGCCCGGCACCCAGAGCCUGCCUGGUAUCAGACCUGGCCAGGCCCUGGGAGCCGGCCCUCUGCCAGCCCGAAGACCCCUGCCUCCCCGCACGCCCAGAACUGGUCAGCCACGUGGACCAAGGACAGCAAGCGCCGGGACAAGCGCUGGGUCAAGUACGAAGGCAUCGGGCCCGUGGACGAGAGUGGCAUGCCCAUCGCCCCCCGAUCCAGUGUCGACAGCCCCAGAGACUGGUACCGGAGGAUGUUCCAACAGAUUCACCGGAAGAUGCCAGACCUGCAGCUGGACUGGACCUCUGAGGAGCUACCCAAAGACCCCCGACAUCCAGGGCCCCAGCAAAGACCCAGCUCCAGGCCCAGCCCAGUGGGGACUUCCAGCCGGAAAACCUGGGACCACACUGGAGAGCUACCGAGAAGCACCUACACCUGCAGUCCUGGAGUGUCCUCCUCUGGACCCCAGCCCCCAAAUCAGGUACCGGUACCCAGAUGCCGGGAGAAAGACAGCGUUUGGGCAGAAGAUUCGUGGAACCAGUUUCUGCACGAAAUAGAGACUGGGCAGAAGCCAAAGAAACCCCUGGUGGACAACAACCCUGUGGAGAAGCCCUCCCAGCCCAUCGAGGUCUUGCUGGAGAGGGAGCUGGCCAAGCUGAGCGCUGAGCUGGACAAGGACCUGCGGGCCAUCGAGACUCGGCUGCCAUCCCCCAAGAGCUCGCAGGCGCCCCGACGGACCCCGGAGCCGCGGCCCGCAGCCGGCGCGGCCUCCGCCUGGAACUCCAGCACCCUGCAUGCGUCUCACCUGGCUUCCUCACGACCCCUGAGCCCCCACAGAAUGGCGGAUGGAGGAAGCCCUUUCCUGGGGCGGAGGGAUUUUGUCUACCCCUCCUCAGCCCGAGACCCCGUGGCCGCCGACCGAGGGGGCAGCCCCGCCAGGAGGGACGAGAAGAAGAGGAAGGCCGCCCGGCUAAAGUUCGACUUCCAGGCGCAGUCCCCCAAGGAGCUGACUCUGCAGAAGGGUGACAUUGUCUACAUCCACAAGGAGGUGGACAAGAACUGGCUGGAAGGGGAGCACCAUGGCCGACUAGGCAUCUUCCCUGCUAACUACGUGGAGGUGCUGCCCGCAGAUGAGAUCCCCAAGCCCAUCAAACCGCCGACCUACCAGGUGGUGGAGUACGGAGAAGCCGUGGCCCAGUACACCUUCAAAGGGGACCUGGAGGUGGAACUGUGCUUCCGCAAGGGAGAGCGCAUCUGCCUGAUCCGCAAGGUUAACGAGAACUGGUACGAGGGCCGCAUCACUGGCACCGGGCGCCAGGGCAUCUUCCCCGCCAGCUACGUGCAGGUGUGCCGCGAGCCCCGCCUGCGGGUCUGCGAGGACGGCCCGCAGCUGCCCGCCACCACCCGGCUGGCCCGGCAGCCCGGCUCCCCCUCGGGGCCACACAGCCCGGCCGACCCCACCGACUGGGGGGGCCGCACCUCCCCCCGCCGCACCAGCCUCUCCUUCCCCACCCAGGAGUCCAGACCGCAGGCUCAGAGCCUCAGCACCCCUGGGCCAGCGCUGUCCCAUCCUCGAGGCUCCAGCCGUCCCCUGGACUUGGGGGCCCCCGCCCCCCACACCACUCAGAUACACUGGACCCCGUACCGGGCCAUGUACCAGUACAGGCCACAGAAUGAUGAUGAGCUGGAACUCCGCGAGGGGGACCGCGUGGAUGUCAUGCAGCAGUGUGACGAUGGCUGGUUUGUGGGUGUCUCCCGCAGAACUCAGAAGUUCGGGACAUUCCCUGGCAAUUACGUAGCUCCGGUGUGAGUGGUGUGUAUGGGAACCAUGGGAGCCGGCCAGGAUGGGGCGGGGAGCUGUAGCCCUUCAGGACGGGGAGAGAGGACCGCCACUCCCUCCUCCCCCAGGACCUGCGCUCCCAGCCUCUGCGCACACCCCGGCAGCCUUUCCCUCGGAGCCCCCGGAAGCCCCUGGACUGGCUGCCACCCACAGCUUACAGGCAUCCCUACAGCCCUUUCAUCCCCCCUGUCCCCAAAUACAGAGGUCUGCUUUGAAGUGGAGACUGUUGGCAGGCCUUAUUGGGACCAGACCCUGCGUCCCCUAGCCCCAUCCUACUGCGCUGCUUCCUCUAACAGGGGCUGGCUCCCAGCUUCACCCCCAUGGGGUCCCUCUAACAAGGACCAGCUUUCUAGCCUGACAGAGACCAAAGGCGUCCGGUCUCUCCAGCUUGCCUGCUGGCCUCUCUGCCUUCUUGCCUCCAGCUGAGCCUGGGAGCCAGGUGGGAGCCAGAGGCAGCCCCCUCUGUAGGCGUCUGAGGCCUAGCCAGAGGCCUCCUCGCCCUGGGCCUGAGCUCCACACCGCCCCCUGCUGGCCCGACCCAGACGCUGCACAGGGGACACUCACUUUGCUAGCCUCCUGCCUCCCAGCUCUCCCACCCGACGCCCAAGUCCCCUCUGGAAGAGAAUGUACAAUAAAGCUGGACUC